GUCAGGCCCGUCCCGUCAACAGGCACCAGCAGGAGUUCAACUGGAGUCCCUUCACGACCCCGGGCUUCGGGGGCAAGCUGGAAGAAGUGCCGGCCAUCUGGCCCACCAACAUCAUCCACUACAGAAUCGACGAGAACUUCAGCGAGAACGAGAAACACUUGAUUCGCCACGCGUUUCACGAGUUUCACGAGAAAACCAACGUCAGGUUCCAGCCCCACACUUUCCAGAAAGACUACGUGUACAUCAGGCACGGACCAAGUGCUUGCUUUGCAGAUUUGGGAUACCUGGGGGGAAAGCAGGAAGUGGAGUUGUCUUCUAGAUGCGUGAAUCAACAUGGGAGGAUUUGCCAUGAGCUAAUGCACAGCCUGGGCUUCGACCACGAACAGUGUCGCACAGACAGAGAUGAAUUUGUCAACAUCAAUUGGAACAACAUCUCGAGGGGCUACGAGGAUCAAUUCGCCAUGAGAAACUGCCUGGCAGAAUUCCUGCCAUACGAUUACCACAGCGUGAUGCACUACAACGCAGCUGCUUUCGCCAUUGAUCCCGGCAUCCCGACAAUUAUCCCAAGAGACAAGACUGCCAUCAGACGCAUUGGCCAACGAGUCAAGAUUUCCAAAACCGAUUGCUUCAAAAUCAACACAAUAUACACUACUCGGGGACCGGAUAAAGAAGCUCGCAUGAGAAAAGUACACAAAAGCACCAACGAACAUCACCACAAUAUUAAGUCCCAUCAUGUUUCGGAAUCUUCGAAUAAUAACGUCUCCGACGAUUCCGUGAAAACGUUUUACCCGCCUCUCAGCAAAGCGAACUUCGACUUGCGAAAAGGCCGACUCUGGGACUACACUGGCCAAGAGAAUAUUAAGCAUGACAAGAAGGUGUUCAAAGAAGCCCUCAGACUUCAACGCAUGACAGAGCACAAGCAGAAGAAAACUGGUCACAAGAUUUUGACCAAUUGGAUCAGACAACGGUGUCUGAAACGUUGGUCCACGCCUUCACUACCCAAUUCUUACUUCCCCGUCACGAAGCGUUGAUAUUACGUGAAUUGAAUUUAUUACGCUUUUUUUUUUUUUUUUGUCGCGAAAUUUCGUAUCUUUCCACUCACCAAUUUUUGAACAUGUCUCCACAAAUCCAGAAAGCUUCGCUCAACUUGAAUCCAUCGGCGGAUGCCCGUGUUCCUCUGAAAUCUUCUACCCCAUUUUCUGCGAAGAAAAAUUGCCCUGGUGAUAUUUUCUCUGUAAUUUACUCUUUUUACGAGAAUAUAAGAUCUGAUAUAUAAACA